AUGGGGCAGAAGGCCUCUCUUCCGCAGCCUGGGACCCGGUUCCAAAUCAUUGGUGCAGGCCUUCCACGCACUGGAACAGCCUCUCUCACCAUGGCCUUGGAAACCCUGCUAGAUGGCCCAAUCUGGCAUGGUGGUACGCAAACCACUCUGGGCCCUCCAUCUCAAAUCAAGGCCUGGGGGAGAAUUUUGAGACAUUGGCUAGCUGGAACAGUCCCCGAUCGAUCAGCUGCCUUGAAACUCAUCGAGCACGAAUUAGAUGGCUACGCUGCCAUCACCGAUUGCCCUGGCGGCCAACUUGUGCCCGAAUUAUUGGAACUGUACCCAACCGCCAAAGUCAUCUGUACAGUCCGCGACCCCAUCAAAUGGGAGAAGAGCCUGGAUCAAGUGAGAGGAUUCACUUUAAUGUGGUGCAUCCAGGCCAUUCUUCUGCCUCUUCCCGGCAUGCGACACUUUAUCUCAUACUGCACGCUUCUACGCGACCAAUGGGUGGAAAUAUACGGUGAAGCCAUCCCAACACGUCAGACUUACAUUCGACAUAUUUCCUGGCUGAAAGAAGUCGUUCCCGAGGACCGAUUGGUGUUUUUUGACGUGCGCGAUGGCUGGGAGCCGCUCUGUGAAGCUCUCGACAAGGAGGUUCCGAAAGACUUACCAUUCCCCCACGUCAACGAUGGGGACGCGAUAGGGGAAGUUGCGAAAUUGCAUGUGCGACGGGGCCUCACUCGAUGGGCUAUUAUUUUGACCUGCGUGGCUGCUGCGGUCGCAUACAUUGUCUAA